AUGCGACCAAUCAAAUUCAAUGCCGCGAAUGCGCGAAUUUUGGCUAAACUGGCCGUUAGUCGAAGCAAGGAGGGCCGGAGACUGACAGAAAUGCAAACACCCCACCAGUUCAACACGAUUACAGAAGAGGAAUUGCAGAGUAUCCGUUUGAAGAUAAACAUGAGAGAACGUCAACGGAUGCAGGACUUGAACCGAGCGAUGGAUGAACUUCGGUGAGUACGCCCGAAACCCCUCGCAUCGUAGCCACACUCUGAGUUGUAAAUGUAAGACAGGAAAGAAAUAUACUGGUUUUAUUGUGGAUGGGAAUGUUGGCUGUGUUACGUAGGUCCAAAUAUCAAAGUGGUUUUACGAAGCUAAGGGGCUAUAGUGUGUACAUGGCAAACAGGACAAUGCCGGACACUGCAGAAUAUCGUGAAACACGUAUCUGGACUUUUAGCUAGUACCCAUGUCAGGAGUAUGGUAUAAUACAUUUGUCAUGUAGAUUUCAUACUACUUGUUCCUAGAAUGACCGUUGCUUGGUUACUCCACAGUCUCUCCGACUGUCUUCGACUCUAAUUUUUAUUGAGAUUUCGGAUCUGACCCAAAAAAGUCAUUUCCCGGAGACUUAACUCCAUGUCCUGAACAGAAUAAUUUUUGAAAUAGCUAGCCUGAAUACUCCCUGGAGUCCGUAUAUCAGAAACCACAUAGAGGACGCUGGAGGACCCGCUGAGAUGUCGAAAACUUCGCGGCUGGGUCAUGCAAUGGUACAAUGUAGGCGGAACAUGUGUCUCGGCUUUUGGCUAGUAUUUAUUUCGGGAGUACGGUAUAACACAUUUGUCAUAGAUAGUGCAUCUACAAAACUAGCGUUGACACUCAUACGAUGUUACCUUUCUGUUUAUGCGAUUCACUCUUCAGCACCGUAAUGCCCUAUGAGUGCAAGCCACAGGGCCGCAAACUAUCGAAGAUUGCCACCUUGGAACUGGCCAGACAGUUCAUCCUCCAAUUACUCCGAGAAAAGCACCAACUGGAGGUAAAGCUUCAGGAGAUCGUGAUUGCUUUCAACCUGAUCAACUCGCGAUGCCAGUACUACCACCACCAACAGGAUCCUUCCUUGACCGGGGGAUAUCAUUCGUCUGUUCGUCGCGGCUCUUCAUUGGACAUGCCUCCGGACAGGAUAUCGAUUGUGCCAGCUGGAACCUCCGAGGCAUCAUCCAGCUUACAUUCCACAUGUUCCUCCCUCCCCUCACCUUUCUCCUCCUCAUCUCCGGUGGGGGAAAGGGGGCUGGAACGAGGAGUGCUGGACCCAAAAUCUGUCGCCUUCCACCCCUUCCCCAGACUCCAUGUGGAAUAUCCUUCCUCCGCGACCACAGACGCCGACUGA